AUGCACAUUAAAUAUCUAGAGGCUGCAAUCUCAUCAACAAUUGUACCAACUACCAAAAGCACGACCACAGUUUCUUCAAUUGAAACUGAGCCGGUUAUACAGCCAGUCACAGAAAAUCCAGUAAACCAGUCUCCUGUAAACACAACAACAUUAUUGACUACACAAAGCACCACAGCUGCAAUCUCAUCAACAAUUGUACCAACUACCAAAAGCACGACCACUGUUUCUUCAAUUGUAACUGAGCCGGUUAUACAGCCAGUCACAGAAAAUCCAGUAAACCAGUCUCCUGUAAACACAACAACAUUAUUGACUACACAAAGCACCACAGCUGCAAUCUCAUCAACAAUUGUACCAACUACCAAAAGCACGAGCACCGUUUCUUCAAUUGUAACUGAGCCGGUUAUACAGCCAGUCACAGAAAAUCCAGUAAACCAGUCUCCUGUAAACACAACAACAUUAUUGACUACACAAAGCACCACAGAUGAAGAGACUAUAGUCCCAGUUACCAAAAUACCGGUGGAGCAACCCAAUGAAGCAAAUGCCACAGCAACACCAUUUACCACCACAACCAUUCUAGUCACAUCUACAGGUUAUAAUGAAAGCCCACCAUCAACAACUAUACGACCCAUUACAGUUACUUUGCCAGUGUCUAGUUUCACCUUGAACUUCACCUUGACCAACCUCACAUAUACUCAGGACCUGGGGAUUGAGAAUUCCGAGAAAUACAAUAGCACUCAACGUAUCAUGGCUGAUUUGUUGGAUGGUGUAAUGAAUAAUACAAGCUUGGCAUCUUCAUAUCCUGAGUGUCAUAUUUCAGGAUUCACUUCGGCAGAUAGCGGAAGUAGCACUAAAGUUGAUGCAAUCUGUACCUACACCAGCAACCUCGCAUCCAUUCCAUUUGAUGAAGUGGCUUUGUAUAAGGAGUUGAAAAAUAACACAAGCAAUGUUACCAAACUAGGAAUCUAUACCCUGGAUCCAAACAGCCUAUAUGUUAAUGGAUACAAUGAAAAAACACCAACUACAUCGGCUCCAACCACAGUUCCAGCCACAAGCGUCACAUUACCCUUCACUAUGAAUUUCACUAUCACCAACCUUCAAUACACUUCAGAUCUAGGAAUACCGAAUACCUCUAAAUUCAACAGCACUCAGACUAUUUUGGUGAAUUUGCUGGACAAUUUGAUAAACACCACUAGCCUUAAAUCUUCCUACUCUGGCUGUCAGAUUAACGGAUUCAGUUCGGCAGAUAGUGGAAGUAGCACUAAGGUUGAUGCAAUCUGUGCCUACACCAGCAACCUCGCAUCCAUUCCAUUUGAUGAAGUGGCUUUGUAUAAGGAGUUGAAAAAUAACACAAGCAAUGUUACCAAGCUGGGAAUCUAUACCCUGGAUCCAAACAGCCUAUAUGUUAAUGGAUACAAUGAAAAAACACCAACUACAUCGGCUCCAACCACAGUUCCAGCCACAAGCGUCACAUUACCCUUCACUAUGAAUUUCACUAUCACCAACCUUCAAUACACUUCAGAUCUAGGAAUACCGAAUACCUCUAAAUUCAACAGCACUCAGACUAUUUUGGUGAAUUUGCUGGACAAUUUGAUAAACACCACUAGCCUUAAAUCUUCCUACUCUGGCUGUCAGAUUAACGGAUUCAGUUCGGCAGAUAGUGGAAGUAGCACUAAAGUUGAUGCAAUCUGUGCCUACACCAGCAACCUCGCAUCCAUUCCAUUUGAUGAAGUGGCUUUGUAUAAGGAGUUGAAAAAUAACACAAGCAAUGUUACCAAACUAGGAAUCUAUACCCUGGAUCCAAACAGCCUAUAUGUUAAUGGAUACAAUGAAAAAACACCAACUACAUCGGCUCCAACCACAGUUCCAGCCACAAGCGUCACAUUACCCUUCACUAUGAAUUUCACUAUCACCAACCUUCAAUACACUUCAGAUCUAGGAAUACCGAAUACCUCUAAAUUCAACAGCACUCAGACUAUUUUGGUGAAUUUGCUGGACAAUUUGAUAAACACCACUAGCCUUAAAUCUUCCUACUCUGGCUGUCAGAUUAACGGAUUCAGUUCGGCAGAUAGUGGAAGUAGCACUAAGGUUGAUGCAAUCUGUACCUACACCAGCAACCUCGCAUCCAUUCCAUUUGAUGAAGUGGCUUUGUAUAAGGAGUUGAAAAAUAACACAAGCAAUGUUACCAAACUAGGAAUCUAUACCCUGGAUCCAAACAGCCUAUAUGUUAAUGGAUACAAUGAAAAAACACCAACUACAUCGGCUCCAACCACAGUUCCAGCCACAAGCGUCACAUUACCCUUCACUAUGAAUUUCACUAUCACCAACCUUCAAUACACUUCAGAUCUAGGAAUACCGAAUACCUCUAAAUUCAACAGCACUCAGACUAUUUUGGUGAAUUUGCUGGACAAUUUGAUAAACACCACUAGCCUUAAAUCUUCCUACUCUGGCUGUCAGAUUAACGGAUUCAGUUCGGCAGAUAGUGGAAGUAGCACUAAAGUUGAUGCAAUCUGUGCCUACACCAGCAACCUCGCAUCCAUUCCAUUUGAUGAAGUGGCUUUGUAUAAGGAGUUGAAAAAUAACACAAGCAAUGUUACCAAACUAGGAAUCUAUACCCUGGAUCCAAACAGCCUAUAUGUUAAUGGAUACAAUGAAAAAACACCAACUACAUCAGCUCCAACCACAGUUCCAGCGACAAGCGUGACAUUACCCUUCACUAUGAAUUUCACUAUCACCAACCUUCAAUACACUUCAGAUCUAGGAAUACCAAAUACCUCUAAAUUCAACAGCACUCAGACUAUUUUGGUGAAUUUGCUGGACAGUCUAAUAAACACCACUAGCCUUAAAUCUUCCUACUCUGGCUGUCAGAUUAAAGGAUUCAGUUCGGUAGAGAGUGGAAGUAGCACUAAAGUUGAUGCAAUCUGUACCUACACCAGCAACCUCGCAUCUGUUCCAUUUAAUGCAGUAGCUUUGUAUAAGGAGUUGAAAAAUAACACAAGCAAUGUUACCAAACUAGGAAUCUAUACCCUGGAUCCAAACAGCCUAUAUGUUAAUGGAUACAAUGAAAACACACCAACUACAUCAGCUCCAACCACAGUUCCAGCGACAAGCGUCACAUUACCCUUCACUAUGAAUUUCACUAUCACCAACCUUCAAUACACUUCAGAUCUAGGAAUACCGAAUACCUUUAAAUUCAACGGCACUCAGACUAUUAUGGUGAAAUUGCUGGACAGUCUAAUAAACACCACUAGCCUUAAAUCUUCCUACUCUGGCUGUCAGAUUAAAGGAUUCAGUUCGGUAGAGAGUGGAAGUAGCACUAAAGUUGAUGCAAUCUGUACCUACACCAGCAACCUCGCAUCUGUUCCAUUUAAUGCAGUAGCUUUGUAUAAGGAGUUGAAAAAUAACACAAGCAAUGUUACCAAGCUGGGAAUCUAUACCCUGGAUCCAAACAGCCUAUAUGUUAAUGGUAAUGCUAAUCCAACUACCACAGCUCCAACUGUGGAGCCCCCUGUAGUGGUGGUCACCAAACCUCCAGUUGAAGCCACCAUCCCUGAAGAAAUUACUCUCAAUUUUACAAUCACAAACUUGCCUUACAUUUCUUCUCUUGGGGACCCAAAUUCUGCAAAAUACAACUCCACCGCUAAUGCUAUGAGAUACUUGUUGGACACUACCUUCAAGAACAGCUCACUGAGUGGAAAGUACUUGAAUUGUCGCAUUGUCAACUUUGUGUCUGUUGUCUCCGGGACAAAAGUAAAUUCUCUCUGCACAAUAACGAAAGACACAUCAGGAUCCCAGAUUGACAGGGUCGCCUUCUAUAAUGAGUUGGAAUCCAUGACCCAAGGUGUUACCAAACUGGGAAGUUACAAGCUAGACAAGGACAGCCUUUAUGUUAAUGGUUACAACAAAGGCACAGUCGUUACAACAUCUAAGCCGCUAACAACCCAAAUUCAGUCCUUUGGGCCUAAACAAUUUAUUCUUAAUUUCACCAUCACUAACCUGAACCACAGCUCUAGCCUGAACAAUAAGACCUCAAUCCAAUUUAUCACCAACAAAAACAACCUCGAUCAGCUGCUAAACGACAUAUUUAAGAGGUCCGACCUAAAGAAUUACUUUUUAAACUGCUCAGUCACAGGAUUCAGGACAACUCCAAAGCAACCAUUUGCCACGGCAGAAUCUGUAUGCACAUUCAGUAUAGAUUUGCUAUCCAGGGUUUUCUCAGAGGAUGACAUCCUUACUGCAUUUGUAAACGUGACCAACAAUGGUACUUUACUGGGUAACUACACCUUAGAUCAGCAAAGCAUUUUUAUUGCUGACUACAAAUCAGAUGAGCCUAUUACUGCCACCGCUAGUACCACAACAAUGACAACUACAACUACCGUGAUAAAAGAAGCUAUCCCAUCAGCCACAGACUUGGGUUUCAAUAUAAAUUUCACAAUUGUCAACAAGUUUGUACCUUUGGAUACUAAUGAAAAGAAUAAAUUGCAGCUGGAAAUUGAGAAACAAAUGAAUAAUUUAUAUAAAAACAGUACUCUUGAAAAAAAGUUCAAAUUCUGCAAGCUUAUGGAAAUGAGGAAUGGGUCGAUCAUAGCUUCGUGUCAGUGCUUCUUUGAAGAUGAUCCAAUUGUGACUAGGCAAACUGUGGAGAAAGAAUUCUUCAAUGGGACCACCACUGGAAGUCUUCUGGGAACUGAUUUCCAACUCAAGGACGUUACUGUCACAGAAAUACCCCAAAAUAAGGAGCUGCCAUUCUGGGCCAUCAUCCUAAUCUGCUUGGCUGUCCUUCUAGCCCUAAUACUGGUUUUCUUUGCUGCCUUUAUAUUGGGUUUCUGGUUGAAGAAUAAAAAAGGUUCAUAUCAAGUUCAGCAAAGCGUUUUGGGGACAUAUUUUCCUCACCUGGACAUGCGAAAGCUUUAUUAAGGAGUGUUCAUCAUCAUCAACAUGUUGUUCCACAGUAAAAGGAAAGCUUUUAAGACCAAUUGGGAAUUUUAUUGAUUUGUUACCAGAAGACUUUAAACAGCAUUGAAGUGUAGAAGUAAAUAUUUCAUUCAUCCUUUGUUCCUUUGUCUCCACAAAUGCCUAUUUAAACAAUAGAUGAUACCCAAAAAAUAGUAAAAGUGUGGAAGCUUUAGUUUUCUUAUCCUGUUUUAAAUACAAUGCUGUUUUCUGUUUUUAACUAGCUCGCUGGCGGCCUAGCUCAGAUCCUAAUUCCCAAUGGUGUCUUUUUUAACAAUAUUCAGGGCAAGUGAUGUUUGUGAAAUACAUUUAUUGUAUACUUUAUCCAAAUGGUGAUUUAUGGGACUAAUACCUCGUACUGUAUAUGCAUACUUUUUAUUUUAAGUUGAGCUGAUGUGUUUGACAUGUAUCGAUGCCAUGGCAGAUCAUAUCCAAUUGCCAUGCUACACGUCUUUCAACACUUAUUGUUUACACACAGGUGAAAGUUAUGCAUAUACUCAUUUCAUUAUAAUUAAUAGAAUUAUUAUUGUUUUAAGCAUCCUUACCAGGAAAUGUGUCAUUUUAAAUAACCUCAUGAUCUUUCUCUUUGCACACCAUUUAUACUUAUUUUGCCAAUUAUUUUGAGACUCGGUUCAAUGUUAGUAGAGGUUAUUUUUAUUUAAUGCUCCAAGAGUUAAAUGCUGAAGUUGUUAAUUCCUAGAUAUAUAAAAGUUAUUUAUAUUUAUGAAUAAUAUAUUGUUUCUGUGUAAUUUGAAUAGGUUAUCAUGUCUGUGCAUUUAUAGAAUAUGUUACUUAAAUUGUAUAUUCUCCAUACAGAUGCAAUGUGCUAAUAUGUUAAUAAAGUUAUAUUAAAGCAUA